AUGAGGAUCUCAACCAUUGUUGCUUCCGUAACGCUCCUGGCCACCCUCAUUGGUGCGCAACGAACGGACACUACAGUCGGAGUCCUGCAAAAAAUUUAUCACAGAUGCGCGGAUAGCGAGUCCAUGUUAUCCUGCGUGAAACCGAAGGUGCUGGCUUACCUCACCGAUGCUGUGAAGCAGGACAGACUGGUGAUCACGGAGGAUCUGGCGGUGGUUAAAUCCCGCGACGCGCCAGAGGAUGACACGAAGGAUUACGAUCCGUCGCAGGACGACGCCGAGAAUCCGUCGAAGAAGAAAUUCCUGCGCACGCUGAUGCUCGAAAAAUUGGACGCGUACCUAGCGAGCCAUCAGCUCGAGGCCAAACUGCCGGAUGCGAUCGCAGGAUCCAAUAUUGUUCCUAGGUCCUUGGUCGACAGUAUGCCGAGGAGUAUUACCGUUCCUCUCAGUGACUCCUCUAAUGGACAAGGUCGCGGUUUCGUCAAGAAGGUGAUGAUACCGUUCCUGCUCGGUCUCAAGUUCAAGGCCACCGCUUUGGUACCCCUCGCUCUCGCUCUGAUCGCCUUGAAGACGUGGAAGGCGUUCACCCUCGGCCUACUGUCGAUGGUCCUCAGCGGGGCGAUGCUGAUCUUUAAGCUGACGAAGCCGAAAGUCGCUUAUGAGGUUGUCCACUACGGACACCCACCUGUGGAACACCCACCUCACUGGGACACGGCGCCUCACGGACCUUACAGGGCCUACAGGAAGUGA